GUUUUGAAAUUGCGUUUUGUUUGUGUGCACUUGUUAAAUGUAAUCAAUUGUUGCGAAGAUGUCGGAAAUAAUUGAUAUCGACAGUUCCACAAGCAGCUUGAGCUCAUCUUCGAAUUCUCAGCUUAAAGAUAUUACAAAUCACGCAAUAGCGGAUUUAAAAGAGAUUAAGAGCGAACCAGCAAACUAUGAGAAUCUAAUGGAAUCAAAGUUGCUGGAAGACACAAAGCCCAUUGAUAUAAGUGAAAAAGUUGAUUUUAAAAUAGAGUAUGCCCACGAUGAAAACACAAUUCAUGUGGACAAUACUGUCUAUGCUAAAGAAAAGGAAAGUUUUGAUGCUUUGGUGCAACAAGUACUCAAAGUUGAGAAACAUUUCAAAGAACUCGUAAAUUCAAAUGCACGUAAAGCAGACUUGCGUAAAGUUAAAAAAGAUUUGGUUAAGUUAAAUGCACGACUUACGACAUUGUCUCAAUUUAUUGAUUCGUUGCGAAUUGGAGAAGAGGAGCCAUCAGGUACCGAAGAAAAUAACAAGGUGCCUUGCUGGGGAAGUCUCUUUUCUGGCAUCAAUCGUCAUCGCCACAAUGCUGGUGGCUCAGAAGCGGAGUUUUAUAAUCACAAAAACAAUAUCAUAUCUGGCUUAAAAACACUUUAUGAGCCUGAAGGUCGUCCACUCGAUUCAUCAGAGUUCGCUGCACAACCCCAAGUGCUUUUGGUGAAGUUACUAAAGCAUCAAGAAACAGGACUGAAGUGGUUGCUAUGGCGCGAAACUCAAAAAAUUUGUGGCGGCAUAUUAGCCGACGACAUGGGCCUUGGAAAAACAGUGAGCAUGAUUGCACUUAUGUUGGUCACCAAGGAGCAGAUUCAAAAGCAAAAGCCAGUUGCCAAAAAUGACAAAAAUUCAAAAAAAGCAUGGCAGCAACAACUGCAAAUUUUUAAAAAUAAAGUGCUGAGCCAAAAACGCUUUAGCAUAUUCGACAGCGACAGUGGGGAGGAGUCUGAUGUGUCACCUCCCAAGAUGCCGCGCAUGUGCUACACAGCUCAAUCGCCUGAUAGCGAAAGUGAAGACGAUGAUGAAGAUGAACUAUUGCUGCCAGGACGGCAGCGCAAAAGUGCCGGCACUUUAGUAGUUUGUCCCAUGAGCGUUAUGUCGCAGUGGGCUGCUGAGGCCUCCAACAAGGUGGCCAGCAACGUUAUCAAAGUAUUUAUUUAUCAUGGCACGGACAGACGCAAAGUGAGUUUAUCUAGUUUUCGCAGCAAUGACUUGAUUAUUACAUCAUAUAGCACUGUGGUAUCGGAAUGGAAGAACACGGGCAGCGACUCCUGGCUGUUUAGCUUGGAUUGGCAGCGCUUGAUACUCGAUGAGGCACACGUUAUACGUAAUGCCAAGACUGCCACAUGUCAGUCAGUAUCCAGUAUUAAUGCACGUUGCCGCUGGGCGCUAACUGGCACGCCUAUACAAAAUCGCGCUUUGGAUGCUUUUGCUUUGCUGAGUUUUCUCAAAGUACCCAACUUUACGGACCUCAAUAAGUGGCGGAAGUAUCUCAACGAAGGCAUGGAAGGACAUCGACGCAUGAGCUUUAUAAUCAAGCCACUCAUGCUGAGGCGCACCAAGCUGCAGUUGCAGGCCUCUGGCGAUAUGCCUCCACUGCCGCCGCUACAAAUGAAUGUAGUCGAAGUACAGCUCACAACUGCAGAAAUGGCAGUUUAUAAGAUAUUAUCAGCCAUUUCUAUAAAACUUUUUGCCCAGUAUUUGAGACAGCGCGAACACCAGAAUAAGGACUUGAACUAUUACUCAAAUGAAACUAGACCAAGUUUUUUAAAUUGCGAAAUUGAACAAAGGCACGAAGAGAUUUAUCGCAAAUUUCUACGCUCACUUGGCUACAAUCCAGGAGAAAAAAUUCAAGGUAUUGUUAUCUUAGUGUUGCUGCUGCGUCUUCGUCAAUUCUGCUGCCAUCCUGGUCUCAUGGUCAAGAUGCUGUCCAACGUUGAGUCAUAUUAUGCUGGCAAUAGUUUCAAAACAAGUGUGCCGGAUGAACUUAAUACAGAUCUGCUGGCAGAACUGACUAGUCAUGAUGAGAAACAUGAGAUACUUGAUAGCGACGAAAAUCUAAACAUAAAUCUGCUAUGUGAAGAUGGGCAAGAGCUCAUUAAAGCUGAUGAAAAUGAUAUCAAGCCUGAACCACCAGAAAGUAUUUCAGAAACAAUUGAUUUAGAACUUGCUCAGAAGAUUUUACAUCCGAGCAAUCCAAUUUUUGAGCUCACGCGACGUUCAGCGAAACUGCAACAGGUUUAUGCGACUCUGCACCAAUUACUGGAGGAAACAAAUGACAAAAUAAUUGUCGUCUCACAGUGGAUAAGCUUUUUGCAUAUUAUCAAAACGCAUUUAGAAACAAUUGGACAAGAAGUACUAGAAUUCAACGGCACAAUGAAUGCUGAUGAGAGGAAUGUUACUCUACAAGAGUUUAAUGAUAAAACCAACAACAAGCGUGUCUUGUUGUUAUCGCUAACGGCUGGAGGCGUAGGCCUCAAUCUUAAUGUAGCCAAUCAUUUGUUGUUGAUUGAUAUACAUUGGAAUCCACAGCUAGAGCGCCAAGCGCAGGAUCGAAUUUAUCGCUAUGGGCAAAAUAAACCAACGUUUAUUUAUCGCUUUAUGUGCAAGGAGACGGUGGAGCAGCGUAUUAAAGCACUACAGGACUAUAAGCUAGAGAUUGCCAAUGUUGUGCUCAAUCUUGAGCACGGUAAAGCUUCCGGAGGCAACGGACUUACUUUAAAAGAUCUCAAAAAACUUUUCGGCAUGUAACAUGCCAAUCUUAUAUGUAUAUAUAGCAUUUAUUUGACCAAGUGCCAAACGAUUUUGUAUGCAGUAAUCUGUUUUUUAUUUUUAUAAGAAAGAUACAAUCAGAAGCCAUGUUUAAACUGCCUAUUCAUAAAGUAUAAUGUAAUUUCAUUUCACUACUUAAGCAGCUGCAAAUAAUGUUGAAAUGAAAUCAAUUUCUUUAAAA